AUGGCUGAAGAAGCAACUCAGGCAUUUCAGGCUGUGGUGGGAAUAGUCGGGAUCUGUGGUAAUGGUUUGGUGUGCGUGGCAAUCGCUAAAGUUCGCUUCAUGCACACCCUGACUAACGCCUUUAUCUUCAACCAAGCCCUGAUCGAUCUCUUCGGGUCGUUGAUGACCUUGCUCCUAAGCGUCGUUCCCAUCCCAGACCCGAUACCUGGCGGGGUCACUGGCGUGCUACUCUGCUCAAUCUGGGUGAAUGAUUACCUCCAGUGGGCACCGUUCAACGCCUCCACAUUCAACCUGGUCAUGCUUACUCUAGAGAGGUACUUGGCCAUAGUGUUUCCCUUCAGGUAUCAAGUACUAGCUACGCAAAAGGUGGCUACAGCAGCCAUCCUUGGUACCUGGAUCUCGGCUUUUUUGUUGUCUGGUUAUGGUAUAUAUCUCCGCUACUAUGAAGCUGGGCAAUGCAUGCUGAGAUCAGUGGCUUACCCACAAAUUCCAGGCAGCAUUGUUUUCUUAACGGGAUACCUGCUCCCCGUCAUUGUCAUGUUGGUCGUCUACGUCCAUAUCACCGUUGUUCUGAAGAAGGGAGCUAGCAGAAUUCAACCCGGACCGGCAGCUACAGUUCCGUCUACCAGCACAGGUACCGAGGGCCAAGGGGAGUCGUUGAUGCGAGCUCGCCGUAACACCUUCAAGACCCUCCUGAUAGUCUCCUCAGCCUUCAUCAUUUGCUGGACACCCAACUCGAUCAUCUUCUUUCUCUUCAACCUUGGCGUAGAAGUGGACUUCACAUCGCCCAUUUUUUACAUGUCCAUCGGGAUGGUCGCCCUGAAUUGUUGGAAGUUCUUUAUACUCUUCAUCGUCAUGCUGGUCGUCUACAUCCACAUCAUAGCUGUUUUGAAGAGGGUAACUGAGCGUGUCGUUCCCGGACCAGCGAAUGCAGGUCCGUUUACCGGCAAACCUCCCGAUGGCCAGGGAGAGUUUCUGAAGAGAGCUUGGAGUAACAUCUUGAAGACCCUUCUGAUCGUCUCUGUGAUCUAUGCCAUUUGCUGGACACCCAGCGAGGUUAACGUUUUCCUCUUCAACCUUUGCGUAGAGGUGGACUUCACAUCACCUGUAAUAUUCUACCUAAUGAUAGGGAUGGUCUCCCUGAACUGCUGCCUCAACCCGUUCAUAUAA